ACAGUACUUGGUGAAAUCGUUGUGGCGGUGUUGAGUUAUUUGCCAUCAUGGGCCAAACAACGCGUCACCAACGCGUCCGGACUGCAAAGAUCUCUCCACCACGAUGCUGAUACCGAUUGACAUUUCUAUUCCCUCUGCGUCUAAUCAGAAAUUGCCACCUGCCUUUGCGAAGGUGUCUCAUGACGAAAUUGUCUUGAUUGAGUUGCAGGGCGCGCUGGAUGUUGAGAGCAAUCAUGAAAGCGAGCGCAAUGGAAAGUUGGUCGGGAAAUUAUCAAUUGACGAGGCUAUGAAAAAGUCUACUUUGCGCAUUGGACACCACCACCUCGAAGGGAAGAUCGUUACUCUUCCCAAAGCCAUUGCCGUAAUACAAAAGUCAUCGUCUGCUCAGAACAGUGAGGAUGAUGCUAUGGUGUGUGAUGAAGACAACAACGGAGGUACUAUCAGUUGGCGUGCAAUUGCUAUCGUCAAAAGGAAAAUUAUAUUCUCGAAACGGCCGAUGCCAAUUGUGGGGCGACCAAGUUGAAGUCUAGUACAUGCAACGUUCUCUAUAGUUCAUCUAAUUUGACCUGCUUUUUUUCUGAUUUGCGAGAACAGAGAAAGGAACAAAAAGAUUGGAAGGGAGACAAACUAGUAUUACAAAAAUGGAUUGGGAUUAUGAACUGGUUUGAAUUUUACAGACUGACGGUCAAAGUUCCAAGAUAUGGC